UAAAGGUCAGCAACCUAGAAAAAAAGUGGUGUCGACCUUAGAAUUACACUGCCGUAGAGAGCCUUACAAUGAUUAGAUAUCUAGAUCUAUAUUAAUUAAAUGAAAUGCAUUUGGAAGAAGUCUGAAAUUAUAAUAUGUUCUAGAGAUCUAGAUCUAGUUCAGUUAAAUAGGCCUGCAUUACUGCAUUUCAUUUUUAAUAAUUUUUUAAAGCGUAAUUAAAAAAAAAUAUAAAUAGUAAAUAUUGAUGAAACAAUGCUUAUUCAUUUCCUCUCAAAGUCCCUCACUGCUGGGAAAAUAUCGCCAAUGAAAAUGAGAAAUAUAUCCCCUUUUAAUUAUUCUUUUACGCCAAAAAUGUGUAAAAUAUAUUCUCAUUCUGUGAAUAGUCUUCAGAAACAGAGCAAUCAUUUCAACUGUAGAAGUUCAAGCUUAUCGCUUCAAGACGUACUUGAUCAUUUCAGAAGAGCUAUCAAGUCCUCACUGACUUUCAGUAAAUCACACCACAAGCAUAGGUUGUUUACUAAGUGGCCUGCAGACAAGGCUUCCAUUUUUACCUUUUGCUCUUUUACUGCUUAUUUAGCAUGGAAACAUUGUGUACCAAUAGCACAAUGUAGAGCUGCUCCUAAUACACGUCUCUCUCAUGAGAAUGAAGAAGACUUGGACACUAGUCACCCUAAAUUCCAGUGGAAGUCAUUCCUGCAACUUCUUUGGGAAGAUAUAUUUUAUCUUAUUGGUGCUAUUUUGGCAGCUUUAGGAGCAGCAAUUGUUAACAUUCAAAUUCCAUUGAUGUUAGGUGAUUUAACAAAUAUAGUGAGCAGUUAUACAAAAGAUGUGGUAGAUGGAUCCAACUUCCUAUCUGAAAUGAAAAUGCCUGCUUUAAAGUUGUGUGCUUUGUAUGGACUUCAGGGGCUGCUUACAUUUGCUUACAUUAGUUUCUUGGCUGUUGUGGGUGAAAAUAUGGCUGCUCGACUCAGAAAAAAACUUUUCCAUUCAUUACUACAACAAGAUAUACAAUUUUUUGAUAGCCAUAAAGUAGGACAUCUUGUAGAUAGGUUGACUUCUGAUGUUCAAGAGUUCAAAAGCUCAUUUAAGCUUACCAUUUCUCAAGGAUUAAGAGCACUUACACAGACUAUUGGAUGCACUAUUUCUUUAUUUCUGAUCUCCCCCAAACUGACAUUAAUUAUGCUGGGUGUUGUGCCAGUUGUCAUUAUCUGUGGGACCACCUGGGGCUCCAUGCUCAGAAAAUUGUCACGUGAAGCUCAAGAACAAAUCUCAAAGUCCACAGCAGUGGCAGACGAGGCUCUGGGCAAUGUUAGAACAGUCAGAGCUUUUGCCAUGGAACAAAAAGAAUAUGAACUUUAUGAACUACAAGUUGACAAGUCUGCCACUAGUAACAUUGCAUUAGGUGUUGGAAUUGGAGUCUUUCAAGGAGCAGCAAAUGUUUUCCUAAAUGGCUUAGUUUUGGGAUCUCUCUUUGCUGGAGGAUGGCUUAUUUCUACACAUGAGCUAAAGCCUGGAGAUUUGAUCUCAUUUCUAGUUGCAACACAGAUGAUAGAAAGGUCAAUGGCUCAAAUGUCUUUGCUACUAGGUCAUGUUGUCCGUGGUAUUUCAGCAGGGGGACGUGUUUUUGAAUACAUUAACUCUCAACCUAAAAUUCAAUUGAAAGGUGGUAAGAAGAUUCCAUACCACUCCUUAGUUGGAAAUAUUGAAUUUUCUGAUGUCCAUUUCCAUUAUCCUACAAGAGAGCAGGAUGUUUUGAAUAAUUUCAAUUUGAAGAUUCUUGGUGGUCAAAUGGUUGCUUUGGUUGGACUUUCAGGAGGAGGUAAAUCAACAAUAGCAGUUCUGCUGGAGAGAUUUUAUGAUGUCACUUCAGGGGAGAUAAAGAUCGAUGGUGUAAAUAUAAAAGACUUAGAUCCAUCUUGGCUAAGGGGUCAAGUCAUUGGAUUUAUUAAUCAGGAACCAGUCUUGUUUGCAACUUCUGUUAUGGAAAAUAUUCGCUAUGGAAAACCAAAUGCAUCGGAUCAAGAGGUUAUAGAAGCAGCAAAAUUAGCCAAUGCUCAUGGGUUUAUAACAUCGUUCCCUAAUGGUUAUAAAACAGUACUUGGAGAAAGGGGCAUCACUGUAUCAGGUGGUCAGAAACAAAGAAUUGCUAUAGCUCGAGCUCUUAUUAAGAACCCUUCUAUUCUUAUUUUGGAUGAGGCUACCAGUGCCCUGGAUGCUGAAUCUGAAAGACUAGUACAAGAAGCUCUUGAUAAAGUUGUGAAAGGAAGGACAACCUUAGUGAUAGCUCAUAGACUCAGCACAGUACGAGACGCUGACAUAAUUGCUGUAGUUAGUAAAGGAAAGAUAAUGGAGAUUGGAACACACUCAGAGCUGAAGGCCAAGCGUGGACUGUACUGGGAGUUAAUAAAAAAACAGGAACUGGAAGAAGAUUUAGAAUCUAAAUAAUGAAUAAAUUGCCUACAAAUUGUACAAAUAUAAAUGUUUUAUUGCA